AUGGACAUCCACUGCAAAGCAGACCCCUUCUCCGCCAUGCACAGGCAAGGCGGAGUGAACCAGCUAGGUGGGGUGUUCGUGAACGGCAGACCGCUACCUGACGUGGUGCGCCAGAGGAUAGUAGAGCUGGCCCACCAGGGUGUCAGACCCUGUGACAUAUCCCGACAACUGAGGGUCAGCCAUGGCUGCGUGAGCAAGAUCCUGGGCAGGUACUAUGAGACGGGCAGUAUAAAGCCUGGAGUAAUCGGAGGCUCCAAGCCAAAGGUCGCUACACCCAAAGUGGUGGAUAAGAUCGCGGACUAUAAGAGACAAAACCCCACCAUGUUCGCCUGGGAGAUCCGGGACAGACUGCUGGCGGAGGGCAUCUGCGAUAACGACACCGUCCCCAGCGUCUCCUCCAUAAACAGGAUUAUUCGGACUAAAGUUCAGCAGCAGUACCACCCUUCACCUGACGGAACAUCCCUCUCAACACCAGGACACACUAUAGUCCCCAGCACGGCGUCCCCUCCAGUCUCAAGUGGAUCCGGCGAUCCUGUAGGCUCCUACUCCAUCAAUGGCAUUCUGGGCAUCCCUCGUUCCAACGGAGAGAAGAGGAAAAGAGAUGACGACGGCUCAGAAGGUUCAGGUCAGAACAGUGACUCGCAGGGCAGUGUGGAGAGCCUGAGGAAACACCUUCGAGCUGACGCCUUCACCCAACAACAGUUGGAGGCCCUGGACCGAGUGUUCGAGCGACCAGCCUACCCUGACGUCUUCCCCACCUCAGAGCACGUCAAGCCUGAACAGGCUAGUGAGUAUGCCCUCCCUGCACUGAAUGCAGGACUCGAUGAGGUCAAGCCCAGCCUGUCGUCCAGCAGCUCGUCGGACCUGGGCCCCAGCGUGUCACAAAACUACCCUGUAGUGUCAGGUAGAGAUAUGGCCAACACAACCCUACCUGGCUAUCCACCUCAUGUGCCCCCUACAGGGCAGGGCAGCUACCCGACAUCCACCCUGGCUGGAAUGGUUCCUGGGAGCGAAUUUUCAGGGAAUCCCUACAGUCACCCGCAAUACACAACAUACAACGAGGCAUGGCGCUUCAGCAACCCAGCCUUACUAAUGCAUCCCGAGCCUCUGCCCCACCAGCUGCUGCCGCUGCCUACGACCGCCACUAGUUACCACGGAAACCAAACCAGACACCACACCCACAGCCUCGGACUUCAUGUUGUGCCAGUGUGAGCGGUGCAGUUGAUUGGACGCAGGCCACCUUCCGUACGUCACAUGAUGAAGAGCGGG